AUGAGUCCACAGCGUUCUGUAGUUCCCUUGGAGUCAAACCCCGAAAUUUUUACCAGCUUUGCUCAUAGUUUAGGACUCUCGUCUAACUAUGCAUUUCAUGACAUAUAUUCUCUGACAGAUCCGGACUUAAUGGCAUUUUUGCCACGGCCAAUGAAAGCGAUUAUUCUACUCUUCCCCCUCAACUCGUUUUUUGAAGCUGCAAAAGAUGAUUCUGGUGACCAAACAGCAGUUCUCGAUCCUCGCGAUUCUACUAUCAAGCAGAAUCCAGUGUGGUUGAAGCAGACCGUCAGGAACGCUUGUGGUCUAUACGCUUUACUACAUUCUCUGUCGAACAACCCAGAAGUUCUAGAAAAAGACUCGAAACUGGAGCAUUUUUUGACGCACAACAAGAGAGCCGAUAAUCGAUAUGCCGAUGAAGAAACCGACGCUUUCAUCGUUUCCAUCAGCGAAAUGUACAACGAGAACUCGUCUUUAGGACAGACCGAGGCACCCAGCGCUGAGGACGAAGUAGACUUGCAUUUCAUCACAUUUAUCGAGUUUCAAGGUCACCUAUACGAAAUGGAUGGUCGGCGUCCGAAUGGCGCAAAGCUUAUCGGCAGGGCGUCAUCUGGAGACUUGCUUGAAGAUCCUUUAGUCAAGAAAAGUGCUCAAUGGUACAUGGAUAAUGCAGACGAGAGCUCGAAAAUGCAGUUUUCGCUUUUGGGUCUUGCGCCCAACUGGGAUUAG